UGAUAGAGAAUAAUCGAAGACAUAUUAGAAGUUUUUUAGUGCUCUAAAUAUGAAGCUUUUGAAUAAUUUGCUAGUAGUGGUGGUUGUACUAGCUGAGAUUUCAACGCAUUUGGCACAGAUAGAUGAUAGUAAUUCUUCGAAAUUUGUGGCUGAGUUUAACAAGUAUUUGAGUCAUUCAGAUGAAAUAGCAAUAAAUAAUUAUUGUAAUAACUUGAAAAUAAGUUGUGAUGAUGAGUAUCGGAUCACUGGUGUUAGAAUACAGGAUCUUGAGCUGUCUGGAUUUCCUACAUGCAUUACAAUAAUUAAAGAUACAUUAACUGAUUUAUAUAUGAGAAAUGUGAAAUUAAGAGGCAAUAUUCCAGAUGAAAUUUAUGAGCUGACGGAACUGGUGUGCCUGGAUCUGGCAGAAAACAAUUUUAAUGGUAGUUUAAGCGAUAAUAUUGAACAUCUGAGUAAAUUAACGACUCUUAAUUUAACUGGCUCAAGUCUAUCUGGAUCGAUACCAGAUGGUCUGUAUACAUUAACUCAAUUGGAAUAUCUAUAUUUACAAGGGAACAAUUUUGAUGGUAGUUUAAGCGAUAAUAUUAGAAAUUUGAGUAAUUUAGUGUAUCUUGGUUUAAGUGGUUCAAAUAUAUCUGGAUCGAUACCAGAUGGCCUGUAUACAUUAACUCAAUUGGAAUAUCUAUAUUUACAAGGAAACAAGUUUAUUGGUAGUUUGGAUAAUAGUAUUAAAAAUCUGGAUAAAUUAGUAUAUCUUGAUUUAAGUGAUUCAGAUAUGUCUGGACCGAUACCUAAUGGUCUAUAUACACUGAACAGAUUAGAAUAUCUGAAUUUACAAGGAAACAAGUUUAGUGGUAGUUUGGAUGAUAACAUUAAAAAUAUGAAUAUGUUACGAUUCAUUGAUUUAAGUGGUUCAGAUAUAUCUGGAUCGAUACCUGAUGGCCUAUAUUCACUGAACGGAUUAGAAUAUCUAAAUUUACAAGGAAACAAAUUUAGUGGUAGUUUAAGUAAUAAUAUUAGAAACCUGAGUAAUUUAAGGGUUCUUAAUUUAAGUAACUCGAAUAUAUCUGGAUCUAUACCUGAUGGUCUAUAUACACUGAAUAAAUUGGAAUAUCUAGAUUUACAAGGAAACAAAUUUACUGGUAGCUUGAAUAAUAACAUUAGACUUCUGAAUGGAUUAAAGAGUCUUGAUUUAAGUAACUCAAAUAUAUCUGGAUCGAUACCUGAUGGUCUAUAUACACUGAAUAAAUUGGAAUAUCUAAAUUUACAAGGAAACAAACUUGAUGAUAUUUUAAGUAAUAGUGUUAGACUUCUGAAUGGAUUAAAGAGUCUUGAUUUAAGUAACUCAAAUAUAUCUGGAUCGAUACCUGAUGGUCUAUAUACAUUGACUCAAUUGGAAUAUCUAGAUUUGCAAGGAAACAAACUUGUUGGUAGUUUAAAUGAUGAUAUUAGAAAUCUGACUAAGUUAUAUCAUCUUGAUUUAAGUAACUCAAAUAUAUCUGGAUCGAUACCUGAUGGUCUAUAUACAUUGACUCAAUUGGAAUAUCUAGAUUUGCAAGGAAACAAACUUGUUGGUAGUUUAAAUGAUGAUAUUAGAAAUCUGACUAAGUUAUAUCAUCUUGAUUUAAGUAACUUAAAUCUAUCUGGAUCGAUACCCGAUGGUCUAUAUACAGUAGCUAAAUUGGAAUAUCUAAAUUUACAAGGAAACAAACUUGAUGGCAUUUUAAAUGAUUAUAUUAAACUUCUGAGUAAAUUGAGGACCCUUGAUUUAAGUAACUCAAAUAUAUCUGGAUCGAUACCUGAUGGUCUAUAUACAUUGACUCAAUUGGAAUAUCUAGAUUUGCAAGGAAACAAACUUGUUGGUAGUUUAAAUGAUGAUAUUAGAAAUCUGACUAAGUUAUAUCAUCUUGAUUUAAGUAACUUAAAUCUAUCUGGAUCGAUACCUGAUGGUCUAUAUACAUUGACUCAAUUGGAAUAUCUAGAUUUGCAAGGAAACAAACUUGUUGGUAGUUUAAAUGAUGAUAUUAGAAAUCUGACUAAGUUAUAUCAUCUUGAUUUAAGUAACUUAAAAUUAUCUGGAUCGAUACCUAAUGGCUUAUAUUCACUAAAUCAAUUGCAAUAUCUGGAUCUUAUGGGCAACAAUAUUAGUGGUAGUUUGUCACCUAAUAUUGGUAAUAUGAUCAUGUUAACUAGUCUAAAUCUGUGUUUUAAUCAAUUAAAUGGUACUAUACCAAAUGAAAUUGGUAAUUUAAUCAAUCUCAGAGCUUUAGAGAUGAGAGAGAAUGAAUUUGAAGGUGAUAUACCUGAUCUGAGUCGUCUGAUAAAAUUGGAUUAUAUGAACAUUAGCUCAACAAAACAUAAUUUGAAUGUAAAGUGUGAUGAUGAUGUGUUACCUCCACUUAUUGAAAAGGAAAAUUGUUUAAUUAGGCCUGUGAGUGAACCAUGUGAUAAUGUAACACUUUGUGAAUACAGUAAUAAGCCUAUAGAUAAAUCAUUAAUUGGUUCAAUGUUCUACACACCUGGAAUGAAAAUAAUUAUUACGAUGGUAGUGUGCAGAGGUGCAGUAGGAAUGAUAUUAAAUUAGAAUUUGUAAUUCUGAUAUUUAUAUAAGCUAUUAGACACUAUUAGUUAUAAAAAUAUAGAUAAUUUGAAU